ACUCCUCUCAUAUGUUCCCUUUAACUCUCAUUCUUUCACUUCGCAGGAUACGUUACAGAAUGGUUCAGAGUUCAUGUCGCAAAUGUUGCAGAGGAUUUCGGUACGAUCGGAGAACUCGCAGAUGCGUAGAUAUAAACGAAUGCUUACGUCCCAGAAGAGUCUGUAGUCAUAUAUGUAUCAACACACCCGGGUCGUACUUCUGCAUGUGUAGACAUGGUUUCCAAUUAGUUGGGGGACGUUACUGCAGGGACUUUAAUGAAUGCAAUUGCGCCCAUAUUUACUGUCCUCCUCCUUACCACUGUUUCAACACAUAUGGAUCCUACAUGUGCCAUUGCCCCCACGGAUUUAAACCCAAAGGAAAUUGGUGCUACUGGAUGUCUCGAGGAAAAUCCCGAAACGCAGUGCCAGGAAAACCAAGUGUCAUACCAAAGUUUGAGCAAGUUAAAAAACAACAAUUGAAACCCAUCACCAAAAGCAAACCAAAGAAAUAAACAUCUACAACAACUACUACUGUCACAAUUACUAUUAUAGUAAUCAUUCGAAAAUAUACUCCUAGGUACACAUAGUCAAAACCCUCUCAAACAUAUCAUCACACCAGGACACUUCACCAAGUCUUCUCCUUUCCA